UCUUUGCCGAAUGGCCACCGCCCUCGGCGCCCCUGGAGAGGCCUGGGAGCGGGGCCGCAGAGGGAGGGCGAGUUAUUUGUUUUAUAACUCGUAAGCCGCCCAGAGUCACCCUGUAGGGGAACACUGUCCGGGCACUGGCAGCAAUGAAGCAGGCAAGGCUGAUGCUUGCCAAGGAUGUCCCAACCAGGGCUUAUGUUCCUUGGGACAACUGGCUGGCCCUGACCCAGCUAUUGAGGAAAUCAAGGAAAAAAUGAAAGCUGUCAAGCACAAGCUGCUGGUGCUGUCUGGGAAAGGAGGUGUGGGUAAGAGCACAUUCACUGCUCUCUUGGCCCACGGAUUAGCAGAGGAUGAAACUACGCAGGUUGCCGUGCUGGACAUUGACAUUUGUGGACCAUCCAUCCCAAAAAUCAUGGGCCUUGAGGGAGAACAGGUUCAUCAAAGUGGAUCCGGCUGGUCUCCAGUGUAUGUUGAAGAAAACCUGGGUGUGAUGUCUGUGGGGUUUCUGCUGAGCAGCCCUGAUGAUGCCGUUAUUUGGAGAGGACCGAAAAAAAACGGAAUGAUUAAGCAGUUUCUUCGGGAUGUGGACUGGGGUGAAAUUGACUACCUGAUUGUAGAUACCCCUCCAGGAACAUCAGAUGAACAUAUAUCCAUAGUCCAGUUUCUCAGCAGCGCCAGAGUCGAUGGGGCGGUGGUCAUCACCACCCCACAGGAAGUGGCACUUCAAGAUGUUCGGAAAGAGAUCAGCUUCUGCCGUAAGGUGAAGCUACCCGUCAUUGGAGUGGUGGAAAAUAUGAGCUGCUUCGUAUGCCCCAAGUGUAAGAAAGAGUCACAAAUAUUUCCUCUCACCACGGGGGGUGCAGAGAUGAUGUGCCGCACCUUAAACGUGCCUCUCCUGGGGAAAAUGCCUCUCGACCCUCAAAUAGGAAAAUGUUGUGACAGAGGCCACUCUUUCUUAGCUGAAGCACCGUUUUCUCCAGCCACCCUGUCUUGCAAGAACAUUAUCCAAAGAAUCCAGGACUACUGUAACCAGAACUCCCCACAGGAAGAAAACAUGAUCUGAGUAGCAGAUAAAUGUGGAUACUUCGUGCAUAUCUAUAUAGGUGCAUAAACAUGUAUGCAAAUAAAUACCUUUGAAUAAUAUUUGCUAAUCAGAGAUGUUUUUCUGAGGUAGAGCCUUUCUAAAUUUUCCAAAACAGGCUGCGUUUUGUUCCUGGGAGCAGAUCCACUUAUCAUGAUUUGAUAACUUCCCUUAAUAAUUAUCUUCAGUAGUGAAAUCAGCCACUGGAAACAAGUUCAGAGGUUGCUUUUAUUGAGAAAAACGUAAGUCUUUCUUUUUCUAUUUGAGGACUACUUAGUUCCCUAAAUUUUGUUUAGUCUCAUUCUUCAGGUGUUUUAAAAUGGUGAUACCGACAGGAUCCUAUUCACGAGAGAUGCCGUGUAGUGCCAUAUUAGCUCUUUUAAGAAUGCAAAUAAAAAUAACUCAUUGUC